AGCCCCUGCGAGGAAACCGCGCGCUUCCUGCGGCUCCGGCCGGGGAUAUAGGCGCCCCCGCCCGGGCCCGGCUCCGCGCCGCCGCCCCUCCUCGCCUGCUCGCCGCGCGAUGGCCUCGCUACGGGCGGAGCGCACCGCCGGCGGCCCGCGGCUGCCUGCGACCCGCGCCGGGCGACCGGCAGCGCUCCGCCUCCUCCUCCUGCUGGGCGCUGUCCUGAAGCCCCAGGAGUCCAUGGCUCAGCUUUGUCCCACCAGGGGCAGCUUGGAGUCAGAAGGGAAAAUGGUGGAGAACUAUGAGACAAAUGUCAAACUUUGCUGGCAGCGUUAUAAGAUUUAUAUGGACACUAUCGAAAAAGAUUGGUGUGACUGGGCCAUGAUUAGCAGGCCUUAUAGCGCCCUGCAACAUUGCUUGGAGCAGACUGCAGAAGAGUUUGGCCUGGGCUUCCCCAAUCCUUGGGCAGAACAGAUCAUCUUUGAGACUCAUCAGAUCCACUUUGCCAACUGCUCCCUAGUGCAGCCCACCUUCUCAGACCCCCCAGAGGAUCUGCUCCUGGCCAUGAUUAUAGCCCCCAUUUGCCUCAUCCCCUUCCUUGUCACCCUUGUGGUGUGGAGAAGUAAAGACAGUGAAGCCCAGGCCUAGGGUGGCAUGAACUUCUCAGCAGCCAUCUUACUCCUUUCCCCUGCCACCACCAGGUCUCUCUCCUCCCCUCCCUACCUCUUUCUCUCACUCCCACCCCCACCACAGAGCCUUGGAUUGGUGGAAAUGGAAGCCGGGAGGGGUCAUGGCACAAAUUCUGUAAUCUUCAAAAUAAAGCACUUUUUU